GUCCGUACCAGGCAUCAAAAUACAUCAAGGAACAGCAGCAAGAAUUUGCAAGGCACAAGAGUUUCCAGCUCAUCAGCGGCUAACCAAGCAGGAGCACCUCUUCUACUGCUAUGAAAGGAAACCUUCAAGCCCUUCCACUGUACCACUAACUAUUAUCCUGUUCAAGAUCUGAAAAGCAUGAAGACUGCAGCUCUGUUCAUUUGUCUUGUAGGAUCAGCUUUUGCUAUUCCAACUUAUCCCUUAAUCCACAAGCUUGGACUCCAUGGACAAAAAUCUGUAGAAAAGGCUCAAGAUAUUCAUUCUGACAUCUCAGAGGAAGAAAACACAGAGUAUGUAAACAAGGGUGAUUUGCUGUCAAGUCACAGGAACAAAAAUAAAGAGGUAUCACUAACAGAUACUGAGCAUAAGGAGGAGCCCAGGCCUGCUAAAACAUGGAGAAGCAGCAGUAGCGAGCAUGAAGCAAAAAAUAGCCUGAAGAGCAUUAAUUUCCUUCCGCUGCACCUUAAACUAAGUCUGGCUUCUGACAAGCACGACAGUGACUCUGGAAGCAGCAGCAGAGAACAGUUCAGCUCUGAAUAUUACCAGUUCAGGACACAUGAGAAACCCAACACUGAACAAGUUAUGGAUGAUGAAAAAAAACCAGCAGAUGCUCUCAGUGAGCAUAACACCUGGAAAUAUAAUAAAAAUACAGUUGGUCUAUCUGAAAACAAUAGCGAAGGUGCUGAAGAGGAAAAGAUGGAGGAGGAGGAAGAGGAAUGGGGUGAAGAAACUGACCAUAGAGACAUGAAUCACAAACCCCACCUGACAAAUCAAGACAAACAAUAUAAUAAAAGGCAGCAAAAUGAAGAGAGCAGGCAAUCUGAUGAGAUCAUGAGAGAUUCCAGUCAGCCACUCCGGAUAACCAAGAGGCACAGUGAGAAAUCUGAUCGAGAGCAGAAAAAGGAUGAGACCCAAAGAAAGCCUCACGAAGAAGAAAAAAUCUCUUUCUCUCAAAAAAACAGUAACGAAGAUCCGGACGACAAACAGCAAAGCCGACAAGGCAAAGACAAUUCUCAAGUAAACAAUCAGAGUGGUCAUGAAACAGUGGUGAAAAGACAGUACGAGGAGGAUAGUGAUGAUGAUGAUGAUCACGAUAGCAGUGAUGUUGAUGGUGAGGAAGAUCUCAGCAAUGUCUGGGAAGAAACAACCUAUGAAGAAGGCAAAAGGAUCCAGAGUAACAAUCCCGGAAGCAUCAGCACUGAGCAGGAAGGGGAAGGGACCGAUGAAGAUGACAGUGCAGUUAGCAGUGAUAAUAAUGAUUACCAAGAUGCCAAAAUUAAACACUUUGUUCACUUUGAGGAAGAUUACCAUCAUGAGCCACUUAAUUCUGACAGUAAAGAACAAAUAGAAACAAGUACCUCUGAACAGAGUGUGAAUUCGAUGAAUCCUGAAGAUAAGGUUAAAAUUACAGGCAGAUCAUACAGUGAGGGGGAAAGUGCAACCAACAGCAGUGGGAAGGCUUUCCUGGAUCCAUGUAGGAAUUUCCACUGCAAAAGAGGAAGAGUCUGCCAUACAAAUGAACAAGAGAAACCUAGCUGUAUUUGCCAAGACCCUGCUGCUUGCCCUUCAACAAAAGAUUAUGAGCAUGUUUGUGGCACUGAUAAUAAGACUUAUGAUGGCAUAUGUCAACUCUUUGGCACAAAAUGCCAACUUGAAGGGACAAAAAUGGGACACCAGCUGCAUCUGGACUAUAUGGGAGCCUGCAAAUACAUCCCUCAUUGUACUGAUUAUGAAGUGGAUCAGUUCCCUCUCCGGAUGAGAGACUGGCUCAAAAACAUCCUUAUGCAAUAUUAUGAACGUGAUCUGGAGACAUCUGGAUUUCUAACUGAAAAGCAAAGGAGUAAAGCCAAAAAAAUCUACCAGAACGAAAAACGUCUCAUGGCUGGUGAUCACCCAGUUGAGCUUCUCCUGCAUGACUUUGAGAAAAAUUAUCAGAUGUAUGUGUAUCCUGUGCACUGGCAGUUUUACCAGCUUGAUCAGCACCCCGUUGACAGAUUAUUAACUCGUUCAGAGCUGGCUCCUUUGAGAGCUUCUCUCGUUCCCAUGGAACACUGCAUAACUCGUUUUUUCCAAGAGUGUGACGGAGACAAAGACAAACUCAUCUCUUUGAAGGAGUGGUGCCACUGCUUUGGGAUUAAGAGAGAGGACGUAGAUGAAAACCUCCUGUUUUGAGCCUGGCUGAACACAAUCCCAGUGCUGUGCUAGUACUGGACGAAUAUGGAAAUCCAGCUUAUUAUUAGCAGUUCAAUAGUUCUGAAGAAACUAUGAAUAAGAAAGUUUGCAUAAGGUUUUCAUAGGUCAGAGUUAUUGUCAAACAGUACAAACGGAUAAAAACUCUACAUUUGUUACCGCAGAAGAAUUCAAGAACUCCAAGCAGCACAUCUAAACAGUAUUUUCUUCUGCAUCAGUCCAUAAUCUCCCUGAACCCAGAAAGAUCCAGACUGAGUCAUACACUGAAGAAAAUAACCUUGCAGUACGAUAUUUUUUACUGUCAUUUACUGCAUUGUCAGUUUCUUAACAUUCUACACAGAUGCACAAAAGAAAAAUGAAGUGUAACUACAUGUGAGUUUUUACCUUUGUUUGAAAAAUUGGUAUCAAGGAAAUGGUUCAAUAGAAAUUUCAUUUUAAAUUGAUGAGAGAAGAAACUACAGCACAGGUAAAGCUCACCAAUCCUUACAGCAUAAUUCCAAAAGCAUUUCUCUGCCUCUUGAAACAGCACUAACACCAACACCACAAAGCAAAAUUUCUAUUCAAAAAACUUUGUGACAACUAUUUACAGGAGCAGCACAGGGUCUGUGUCUGUCUAAAGAUAAUUUAACAGGUCCAAUAUCACAGGAUUUAGAGAAUGUUUCUGUUUCAGCACAUUUUCCUCUGAUUUGCCAGAACCUGCUCCUGCCAUCAUCUUCCUUCAGAAACAAUAACUUCCUUUCACCAUUUCAUAACUUUUACUUACCUGAAGACAGGCACAACUCACAUGAAUAAAAAAUACUGAGAGUAUUCUUGAACACCACUAACUGUGAUGUAAAGCCAAGCACUUCACUGAAAACACUCUAGACAUGCUACAUUGUAAGAAGGGGUCCUGAGUGCUACUCCUGCAAAGGAAGAUCAAAAAACACUGCACCUGAACCAAUGUUACCUUUCCAAUGAAAACUGAUUCAGAUAUCCACUUGCCUCCUGCUUGGUAUGCUCUUGAAUCAGUAGGAUUCCUAAUCAUAACACUACUCCAGUGUGGUAAAGCAGAGACAAAGAAUAAAGCUAUGAAUAUUUUGAAUAAACGAACUUCAUGAACAGAAA